AUGGUUGGCGUUUGUAGAUGGAUCUGGGGGAUUAAGCCAGCGUCUGAUCUUAUCAGUUCGUUGCCUGGAUACUGGGACUCUGUUGUCGACAGGCCCGCUAGUGACUCCGAGCGAAAGGCCAAACGCGCAAAGCGGGAUGAAACAGGCUAUCACAAGAACCGAAAGCGCUAUCUCGAAGAUGAAUGGCGUGAUGCGUAUCAUCAUGGUGGUAUAGAGCGCCAUGAGGUCCACAAGCGUUGGUUCGGUGAGGAUAUCCUCAACUGGCUCGGUCAAUUGAUCACUACUGGUGAAGCCGAGGCCACCAAGGAGCUCAACCAUAAGGCUCAGGCGAAUAUUCGAUCAUCCAUCACAGCCUCGAUUGAUGUUGAGACCUCUUUCGGUAUAACCAUUAUCACCACCCUCAAGGAGGGCAUGGAUCUCAGCAGAUCCUACCUUUACUUCAGAAACGCCGGAGAGGUUGAAGCUAGGUUUGAACUUGACGCCGUUGCUUCUCUGACGUACUCGACCGGUGAUAUCAAGCUGCUCGAUCUCGACGACUUCCCCGGCGCAACCUUCCGCGUGCCUGGAGUUGUUACGGUCGGUCCGAACCUCGCAGUCUAUGCCUCUGCAGAUGCCUCGAUUGUUCUAGCGGGACAUCUGGAAGCAGACGUUACUCUCGCAUCCUGGGAAAUUCAACAGACCUACCCUCAAAACGAUGAAUACCCAGAAAAAGCCCUCGAUGAGCCCGACCGUGAGGCUAAGACCAUUGGCAAGCCCCAUUUCGAUGCCUCUGUCUCUGCCAACGGCGAGAUUGCCUUGCAUCUGAAGCCAACUGUCAGCUUUGGAAUUGACUUCGAUGACCGCUGGAAGAUACCCCGGUGUUCCGUUGAUCUUGUCCUGGAUGGAUAUGUGAUCGGACAUGCGGAAGAUUCCUACUCACUCAACGGGGACAACAGCUGCCCAUUCAGCUAUGGUAUUGAUGCUGGUUCAAAGAUGUACGCUCAGCUUGACGCCCCUGAGGAAUUUGGUUGGGGCGACGAUCUCCGAGUCACGCUCGCAGAGGUGCCCAGGAAGCAAAUCACGCCUUCAACCUGCGUUGGUGAGAAGGGCAAGCGAACUUUGCUAGGCUAUGAAGCAUAUAAUUCUUCCGUGGAAGACUCUUCCUCGCGUAGAACUGAAUACAUGCCUAUGCCUGUUUCUCAUUUCAUUGCCAAGCGUGACACACUUACCCUUGGCCCUCUGGUCACGAUCGCCGAUGACUUCCUUAAUUGCCCUGUCAGUGACAGCGAUGACUCGAAACGAGAUGUCUCUUCUCUGUUCGGCCGUGACGAUGAUAGUGGUUCUUGUCCUAUCUACCCAUCCCCAGAUAGUGGAAAGUGCUACGAUACAGAUUCGUUCCUUUUCGACCGCGCUUCUGACCCACAAGAGCCUAAAAAGAUGAGUCUCAGCUUCUAUGAUAACAACAAGAAAUUUAUAUAUUUGAGGUAUCCCCGGUGUAACGCAAAGAACGACGGGCCGACGGGUGUGGCGAAGUGGUAUCUUCCCGAGUUUAUGCUAUCCAGCUCACAAGAUAUCAACGACAACAGAAGCAAAUUGCCCGCGAAGGACUUCCGCACGGAGCACGUCUUCGAGGUACAUCUGGUCAAGCAUUUCCUUGAGUGGGUGUGCGGAGGAAAGGAAUCCAAAUAUAGAGGUCUUGGCGAGGUUCCUUUCCCUAAGAAAUGGACACGUCCUGACUCGACUUGGUGCUCGGAGGUGUUUGGAGGUUCUAGUGGCGGAAUGACUUGGUCGAGAAAUAAUGGGCCCAAAAUGAACUGGGUCCAACAUACCGCUGAAUUCCUCGGAAAUGGCCAAUCGCUUGACCUGCUCGUCAUGUAUCACGAAAAGCCCAACGGAGUCAAAGAGGUUAUUACCGAAGGAAGGAAGUCUAGCCUCCCUAAGGACGACCCCAGCAACGGUUACAUCGUUGAGCCAAAAGAGAUAGCGGACAAGGUCAUGAUGACUGCUACUAACAAGCCAAACGGACAGGCCCUCAAGCCAGACGAUACCCCCCGGGGCCUCAAACACUGGGGUCUGCGUACCCUAUGGGCCUACUGGAUUGACAACCAUCUGGCCAAGAUUGAGCAGAUUCAGGCGGAUUGGCACAAGACCGCUAAGGACCAGAUCAGUUCCAUAAAAGAUAAGACGGACCCGAAAAAGACAGACGCUGUCCCGAAGAAGUUCGCAGACAUCACCAUGACUACUGGAGACGCAGCAGUGGGAAAAUUCAAGUUCCCAACGUCCAAUGCGGGUAAACCGCUUCCUGGUACUGCGACAAGUGCAUCAAAUGACGAAAGCAAGUACGGAAUGUGGGGAGGCAACCAGCUAGGAAAGCUGGGCCUGUAG